AUGAAACCUGCGAUCGCAAGCUGUCGAGAUGGGGAAUUGCACGUCUACCAGAUCCCUAACAUCCUCGAUCAGCCAGUACCAGUCACAGUUUACCCAAUUGAAGCUGACGAGGAGGUAUUGAGUCAGGCAGCCGCCCCUGAUCUCAUCCGGAUAGUCUAUUCAACCCGCAACAAGAUGAGGUGCCUCGGCCAGGAUGGUGGCCUGCUGUGGUGCUACGAUAUCUCGCCACACACGACCGAGCGCUUACCCCGGACUGAGUGCAUCUUCUCCCUUGACGGGCUCUUUGUGUGGCUGUAUCGGCCUGAUGCAAUGACAAGCCGUGGACCCGACCGGUUGGUCGUCCUGCGCGCCGAUACCGGCGAGGUUGUUGCCCAAGUCGAGCUCGACACUGUCGGGCAGGGAGGCCUCCUUGUUCCACAUUCCGAUGGGCGCCAUGUCAUGUUUGAUGUAGGUGAGGGCCAGGACGGGGUGCGCCUGUUCUGUGCGGCCCUCGCUGAUAGCGGCAUCAACCUGUAUUCUUAUCCGUGGGAUGAUCGGGCUCUGAUUGAUAUUGCGUCGGAUGGUCAGUUAUUUAUGACCGUCGACCACGGGCGGUACGAUGUUGCUUUUCACGCCUUUCCCAGUGGCGAAGUGGUUCGGAAGUUAUCUGUCACAGCUCUCGGCUCUGGAAAUUAUGAUGAUGACGACGACGGCGACGAUGACGAAGAUGAUCCUCCGUUAAUAGACUGGAGCGGUGGCUUUCUCAAUUCCGAUAUUGCGGUAGUCGUGAUUACGGGCGAGCUGGACGAUAAAGAGUGGCAUCAUUAUUAUGAGGUCGAUUUGCGGACGGGGAAGCCACUCGGUCGCUUUGAUGCACACGUUCGCGAGGGAGACAACUUCAUACCUCUCGGGGACGGCACUUGGAUUGUCUCCGGUCUGAAUGGCCAUCCACAGCGGAAGUCAAGAACAUCUCCUUUGGAUACAUGUAUAUAG